AUGUUUUGCCCUCGUGUGUUAAUCUUCACUAAAACCUUCACCCAAGGACAGUAUGUUAAUAAUAGCGAAUACAUUGUUAAUGGAUGCAAGAAUAACGAAUACGAAUUUGUCAUAUCAAUAGUGGAAUGGAAUGUUCCAGUUCUUACAAUAGUAGUCGAGGGUGACUUAGAUACAAUAGAAGCUGUUAACAAAGUUCUGCAGCAAGAUUUGCCUAUACUGAUUAUAAAAGGUUCGGGAAAAGCAGCGGACUUUAUUGCUGAAUUCAUUGAACAUGAUACCAUUAAGAUAUCUGAAUAUAUCAAGGACAAAACACCACUGUUAUUUGGUAUUUCUUCUCACGACCUUAUGAACAGAGAAUUUGUCGGUAAAGAUUCUGGUUCACAAAAGCAUCAACGAAAUGACCUUCAAUCAAAUAUGAAAGCAAUUAAACAGAACAAAUGCUUGGUAAGUUCACAAAGCUAUUACAGUACUUCUAUCGAUGACAAGCAAUUUUCGUCACCAACAGCCGUAUCUAUCAAUGCUAUUAGCGGGACAUUACGAGCUGAUAAUCGGAAAUUUAUGAAUUCGUAUAAGGAAAUACUGACGCCAUCCUCUUUACCACUGUAUUAUUACAUUGCAUAUCAGUUUAUACAAGAAAUGCAAGCAGAGAAAAAGGUUAAAAUAGAGAACUUUAAUAUGCUGUUAAAAGAAGCCAUUGUAGCUGACAGAGAUGAAUAUGUGUCGGUACUUUUAGAAGAAGAAGGUGUCCAUUUUGAUGAUAAAUACUUUCCAGAUAUUUAUAAGGAAACAAUUCAAUCUCAAAGAAAAGCAAAGACAGCCCUUAAAAAUGUUUUUAAGUGGGGUUCCUCGCCAGUUAUUAAGCAGUUUAAGGAGUUAUGCUUUCACACGAAAGAUAAACAGGACAAACAGGUUGAUCAACUCACACCGACUGAAGUGUGUAUGAUCGCAGGUCGACAGAUCUGUCAGUCUUUGUUAGAGUAUCCUAGAUAUAACUCUCUGAACAGACAGGAAAAAUGUUCCCCAUAUCAAGAUCUUCUGAUAUGGGCAAUUUUUGUCAACAGACCAAAACUAGCCACCAUAUUCUGGAUGAAAUGCGAACAACCACUAUUGUGUGCAUUAUUGGCCAGCAGUGUAUACAAGAGAAUGGCAGCCAGUGCCACUGACCAGGCAACAAAGUCUGACAUGAUUGCACAGUCAAGGCUCUUUGCAGAUAGAGCAUUAGAUUUGCAAUCGAGAUUGUAUGACGAUGACGCUGAGCUUGCAAUGGAUUUAGUUAUCACAGAACGGAUUGUUUGGGAUAUCACUUUAAGUCCAAUGCAGUGUGCCUAUGAACAUGAUAUGCUGGACGUUCUUGCUCAAACAUGUCCCCAGCGACGUUUAAACAGAAUAUGGUAUAGCGGAAUAAGUUCUAGUCUUGGAGGAUUUUGGAAGAAAGGCUUGAGUUAUGGUUUGUGCUGUUGCAGAAAAACAACUUCACCGGAUAAAGGACUUAUAAAGUUAAUCGGCGCUCCUCUAACGAGGUUUUUGCUACAUUUCGUUUUCUUCUUUGCAGCUAUGAAUUCUGGCAGUAUCUUUCUGAUGCAAAUGAAUGUAUACAAAGAUAUAAGAUCAAUUGGUGUCUUCGAGAUGAUAUUUUAUGUGCAUCUAGCUGGUGACAUUUUAGAGGAGUAUAGGAAUAUGAUUUCGAAAGAAGUUUUAAUGAAAAUGUGUAAACGAACAUCUGCACAAGAGAAUACAUUAAGCCAUUCACCAUGGUAUAGAUUUAAGAAAUACAUAUGCGAUUUCUGGAACCUCUUGGAUGUUAUUUCGUAUACGCUGAUUAUCACAGCUAUAUGUUUUCGUUUCUUCCUUUUAUCAGAUGGUUGGCAAAAAUUUAGCAGACGUUUUUUUAGCUUGAGUCUAUCAACUACUUAUAUUAGAUCCUUUCGAGUCCUAUUGAUGUCAAGGUUCCUUGGACCAAAAAUUAUCAUGAUCAAAGAAAUGAUAAAGGAUCUCUUUCGAUUCAUCGGAAUUCUAUUUUUAUGCAUGCUUGGUGUUGGAGUAAUGUAUCAUGCAAACAUGUACCCCGAACACGACUUAAAAAUGUCGAAAAUAGGAAAUUAUCACCACUGGAGAAUAUGGAAAAUCAUUUCUAUUCCCUAUUGGCAAAUAUAUGGGGAAACUAUGCUCGCCAGUCUUCAGGAAAAUAUUACAUCACCAUGCACCAUGACGCGCUCCGUAUGGGAGAGUGACACGGAGAUAGAACGAUGCAAUCAGUAUGACUGGGUACUUAUUGUGAUCGCUGCAAUUUAUAUGUUGAUUUCAAAUCUCCUUCUGGUCAAUCUUUUGAUUGCUUUGUUCAGCUAUAGAUUUGAACGAGUCCAGGAAAUCUCAGAAAAAAUAUGGCGAUACUUGAGAUAUGAAGUCAUCAUGGAUUAUCGCACCAGGAUACCUGCUCCUUUUAACCUUGUGAUCAGACCAAUUUACAUCGUUUACUGGUGCUGUACACAAAUAAAGAAGACACAAUCAGAUGAGAAGGCUAAUAUUCAUAAAAGGUCGCUGGAUAGGAUCAAUGAACUUCAAUCUACCAACGCAAUUAAAUGCGUUUACAAUAUUUGAAGAAUAAAAAUGUCGACUUACAUUGACAAAAUCAGUGCAAUUUGCUUAUCAAUAAACGGAUGAAAGAUUUUGGGGAGAUGAAGGAAUCAAUAAUGAAAAUGUGAUUGUAAUAUUAUAUACAUAGCAUUUUACAACCUUUAUUUUAAGAUCACGUGGUGACCUUCCUUCUUUUUUUUUAUUAGUUUGACCUCAGGAUAUUUAAUACAUGUAUUUGAUUUAAAAUGUAUGUACAUAAUGAAAAAUGAUGUAUUACCUUUUCUUACGUCCUCAAAUCUUUCAGAAAUGAAAAAUCAGUAUCUUAUGUUUUAAUUAUUUAUCUACAUGCACACGCACAUUCUAACCUAUAUUUGUCCUGAUCUGUUUCCCAAAUAGUGUGUAAUUGAUAUUUUAUUAUAGAUAUAACUUUUGAGUGAAUCGCAUAAAAUUAAAACUGACUAAAAUACAAACCAUACUUGAUGUAUUAUUAGGUGUGGGUGGAUCCACUCUGUCAUCCUAAGAGUGGAUUUGUGGCAGAUUUUUCUCCCCACCUUUGUUAUUCUUUGUCAUUUGUGAUAUGAUAUAAGUUGAUAUAAUUUUGUAUCAAUUGUGUAUUAAUAUUCUAUAUUAAGUAUGCACUUUAAUGUCAAACAUUUUAUUUGAAAAAUGUAUUUUUUGCAUUUUACGAUUUUGAAUUAAGGUCCUUUUUUCGUCAGUUUUGUUUUCAUAUCAUAUAGUAAAUCAAGCUCAGACUCUGUGAUUACAUAGUAUGUUUAUGGUAGCUAGCUGUCUGUUUUAAGGUAACACUACAUAAACAUUCAGAAUUUUCUGACUCCAAUCAACAGUCUUUAAAGAUUAAUUUCUCUACUCAAUGGAUUUUUAAAUCUUUAACUCGUUUUAAAGCUUAAAUAUGACUUUUUUCUUAAUCUAUAGAAAGAUUUAUAUUUGGUAUGAUUAAUCUCAAAAUAUAGGUCAUUAAUUGCCAAAAAAAGUGGUCUUCCAACUUGGAUAUUAAUGACACAAUCAGGUCAAAUGGUAGUAAACAUUUGUUUUCAUUCCUUUAAUCAAACAUACACAAUCUAAUAAACCGUGUCUCAGAUAUUUAGUGUUUGCCCCCAGUAAGAAGUUAUAUUGAUUUUACUGCUGGAUGUAAACCUCAUUUCACAUUUCAUCUUUGGAGACCUACAAAUUAUCAAAAAACUUGGACAUAUAGUAUUGUAGACAAUACUCCAUUUAAUCACAUAUAUCAAAGUCAAGCCAAAUGGGGUACCCAUAAAGUUUUUAUUUUCAUUUUUACCUAACAAUUCUCAUGAAAAAUGUUCUGCAAAAUAGCUUAAAAACGAAAUUUCCCCCUAAGAGCCCCUUUAAAUGCAACAUAAUUAAAACAAAAUCUACUGCAAACACCCUAAUGAUUGUUCUAA